UGUCUUUGCUGAAGAGAAAAGGCAGAAAGAGAUGGUGGAAUUUACCUUGUUAGUUACUGAAAGGUCCCUCUUGAAAACGUGUUCAACAUUCUGAAUCAGACUUUAAAUCUUACAUUUGGCACUUUACUUAGUUUUUGAGAGUCCAUUGGCUUACACCCUUUAGUCUUUUUUCCAUUAUAUAAAGUGGUCUUUCCACAUAUUUGUACACCAUUUCAUUUCAGAAUCAAGACAUAUUUUUCUUCUUCAUAUCUUCCUUUUCUAGAGGUUUCAUAUUGCAGGAAAAGAUGGUGAAGAUUUGUUGCAUUGGAGCUGGAUAUGUUGGUGGACCGACUAUGGCGGUCAUUGCCCUCAAGUGCCCCUCAAUUGAAGUAGCUGUUGUUGAUAUCUCUGUUGCCCGAAUUGCAGCAUGGAAUAGUGAUCAGCUGCCUAUCUAUGAGCCUGGACUUGAUGAUGUGGUGAAGCAACGCCGAGGAAAGAACCUUUUCUUUAGUACUGAAGUAGAGAAACAUGUCUCAGAAGCAGAUAUCAUCUUUGUUUCUGUUAACACCCCAACGAAAACUCGUGGACUUGGAGCUGGGAAAGCAGCAGACCUUACAUACUGGGAGAGUGCUGCUCGAAUGAUAGCAGACGUAUCCAAGAACGAUAAGAUUGUUGUGGAGAAAUCAACUGUUCCUGUGAAAACAGCUGAGGCAAUCGAGAAAAUACUCAGUCAUAACAGCAAGGGAAUUAACUAUCAAAUCCUCUCAAAUCCAGAAUUUCUUGCUGAGGGAACUGCAAUUCAGGAUCUUUUCAAUCCAGAUCGCGUUCUAAUUGGAGGAAGAGACACCCCUGAAGGGCAAAAGGCGAUCCACGCCCUCAAACAAGUGUAUGCGCAUUGGGUGCCUGAAGACAGAAUCAUCUGCACCAAUCUCUGGUCAGCCGAGCUCUCAAAGCUCGCUGCCAACGCCUUCUUGGCUCAGAGGAUUUCAUCUGUUAAUGCAAUGUCAGCACUUUGUGAAGCUACUGGGGCUGAUGUUACACAAGUUUCCAACGCUGUUGGUAAGGACACCCGAAUUGGUCCCAAGUUCCUCAAUGCCAGCGUUGGUUUUGGUGGUUCUUGUUUCCAAAAGGAUAUCCUCAACUUGGUUUACAUAUGUGAAUGUAAUGGCCUUAAAGAAGUUGCCAAUUACUGGAAGCAAGUGAUCCAGGUGAAUGACUACCAAAAGAAUCGGUUUGUUAACCGAAUGGUUUCCUCAAUGUUUAACACAGUUUCUGGAAAGAAGGUUGCAAUUCUUGGUUUUGCCUUCAAGAAAGACACAGGUGACACUAGGGAAACUCCUGCAAUUGAUGUGUGUAAAGGCUUGUUGGGAGACAAUGCUCAUCUGAGCAUAUAUGAUCCACAGGUCACUGAGGAUCAAAUAACAAAGGAUCUCUCAAUGAAAAAGUUUGAUUGGGAUCAUCCAACUCACCUCCAACCAAUGAGCCCUUUUGCAGUAAAGCAAGUUAACGUCGUCUGGGAUGCUUAUGAGGCAACAAAAGACGCCCACGGUGUCUGCAUUCUCACUGAGUGGGAUGAGUUCAAAACACUUGAUUUCAAGAAGAUUUACGAUACCAUGCAAAAGCCUGCAUUCGUGUUUGAUGGGAGGAACGUUGUUGACGCGGAGAAGCUCAGAGAAAUCGGGUUCAUUGUCUACUCCAUUGGAAAACCUUUGGAUGCAUGGCUCAAGGAUAUGCCCGCUUUGGCAUGAGAAAUCUCAGGUUGCCUUCCCCUGGUUUAAGCACUAGAAAUGAGAGGAAGAUCCAAUUCUUUCAAUUUUUUUCAACUUCAGGCCUUUAAAUUACUAUUUUCCAAUUGCAUGGUUCAAAAUAUGUCCUUUUUUCUUUACUUUCAGUUUAAACGUCAGCUUCCCAGCUCAUUAUACAAUCACUUUGUACUACAAUAACAAAAUUGCCUUGUUCUGAUUAGUUCGGGCAUUUUCUUCUUGAUAUAUAUUUUAUAAUUCAGA